AUGCUGAGGAUCCUGUCAGCUAGCUGCUUCGAAGGUCGGCUGCAGGGCCUACGCGGCAGGCUGUCAGAUGGUCUCUGUAAUGUGGUUGGGAAGAGAUCCCCCUGGCUCGGUGUGCUUGGAUCACUCGCGAAGACGAACGAUGGAUCCCCCGUUCAUUGGGGAAGGACAUUCUUCUGCUCGGAAUCCGGCGGCGAUGGUUCCGGACCAGAAAAUCCGGUGGAGGUCUGCGUGGCGGAGGAGGUAGACUCCGCUGCCUCUGACGGAACACCAGGGGAAGCUGAAGCCAAGGCUUUGUCCGCGAUCGUGCCCACAAAUCCCCGGCCGGAGGACCAUCUUUCGGUGUGUACGAUUCUUUACAGUGAACGCCAUAAUCUUUUCGUCAUCUUUGAUAUUUUGAUCCUGAGCUGAUUCAUUUUUGUGUUUUCCUCAUCUAGCCAGAGGAUCAUGGCAUUUUUUUUAUAAUCUUUGUUGUUUCAUAUGCUAUAAAGAAACAAGAGCUCGGUUAAUCGAGGUGCAUUUGGACUAUGGUUUUCUUUAUCACGUUAAAAAAUCUCACGAGUUGCGUGGAAGACAUGUUGCUGACAUUAAUAUCGUCAAUACAGUAGCGGUAGGUCAACGUAUCUGAAAGUCCUUUGGGCGCUGCAUCAGGAUAUUGAUUUUCUGGGGCAUUCGUUUCCCGACAAUCGUCAUCGUCAUAAUUUAGGUCGUCCUCCUGUGUGUGGAAGAUUACUUGGCGGACAGUGUUUAUUUUGUCCUUUGUGCUUCAAUGCAGCUUGUACCAAUUACAGAACUCCUCGAUGGAUGAAGAUGAUCAGGUAGGGAUGGCAUCUAGGGAACGUUUUGAACCAAAUUGGAUAGAAAUAUGCUUAUUAAAGAAGAACAGAUUGGAGUUUGUUACAUAUUAUUCAUUAUUGUUGAAAAGCAGACAAUGUAGAGGAGAUUUUUUUCCCGAGUUACCUAAACUAAACUAAGGAAUGCAAAUUUAUAAUUUUUUUUAUGAGUUAGAAGAACAUUUUUAUUUGGUUAGUUUUUUUGGAUAUCAAUAUUUAAUUAUGAUUAUGUUAUUAAUGCACUAAAAAAUACGGGUUAUGGUAUCUUGCUCUAUUUUCAUAAUUUUCUAACUACUCGAAAUUACCUAUUUUAUGUAGCUUUCUUCACCUAGACUGGGGCCAUUACGUGGUGAUCAUGAAAACUGUGUUUAUACUCUGGAAAUAUCAAUUUGAUGUGUAACUGGAAAUACUGGAUCGAUAAAGUUCUUGUGUUUCUUUCUGUGAUUAGGCCAGGGUGCUCUUUUUUUAGGUUAGAGUCUCAAGGCUAAAUUCACAGGUCUAAGACAACGUCCACAUUUGGGGAUGUUUUAACGCUUCUUUGAGACUACCAAUUAUUUUUGGGGUUAUUAAUGCUUGAUCAUAUCUUUUGAGUUUUUAACAUAUGGACCUUGGAUGUUUCAGACAAAAUAAAAAACGUUGGAUUUUAUUUCCUUAAAAAUAUGCUUUAAGUGAAGAUAAUAGAAUAAAGAGUGGAGAAUAAAGUGAUGAGAAAACUAUAUAUAAAAUUAUACAUAAUAGAAGAUGAGACGUAUGCUAUUUUGUGUCACGUGAAAAUACAAACGUAUCAGUCAUAUGGAAUAACAGAACUCCAUGUAUGAGAAUUUUUGUGGAAAACUUAUCUGUCUCAUUUAUUUAAAUGUAGUGGAAUUUUUUUGAUUUGCAAAGCACUUUACCGUGCACAUAAUCAGUUCUUAGGACAGCAGGGUUUUGUAUAUCGAACUUAUCACUAAGAUUGAUAUUAUAUCGUGUUGUGAUGCAAUUAAUGCAUAUUGAGAAGUCUAGAAUCUUCUUUUUCUAAAAGCACUGUAAUGAAGGAUACAUUUGAGUUUGUGUUAUUAUAUGUAUUUCCAGUGACACAUGAUCAAUGGUGUUAUUUGAUAGAUAUGUCCUUUCAUGAAUGAAUACACCUCAUGGUGAUUUUUAAUUACAUUAUGGACAUGGGCUUGCGAUGGUGAACGUUUGAAAUGCUUUUUCAAUGAUGGUAGUUUUUUUCUCUUUCCUUCAGAUAAACAUAGUUAUUCUCUCAGGUUCUGUGUAGAUAGAACUUAACUAUCAAUCACCGCAGUUGUCUGCUUAUGAUCAUAUGAAUGAGGUUGGAUUCUCGCAUUCUGAAAAUGAAAACAUCAUGAUUUUCUAUGGAAACAAAUGAUGAUUCCUACAAGAUUUUAAAUGGGUGAUUGAUGGUAUCAUAUAUUAGGUGAUAAUUAAUGUACGUGUUCCUUGAAGAAGAUGCAGUUAAUAGUUUCUCAAUGCAUUGAAGGGAAUUUCUUCAAAGUUUGAUCCUGUAAACCACACCAUUCCUUGCAGAGUAAAAUAUCUUCUAUCUAUUUUUUAUUCCAAGACAAUAUCUUAGAAAUCUGAAAGGACAAUCUACCCUCUGUGAAAGUACAAGGGAGAUGCCUAAUAGUGAUUGAUGUUCUGGAUGGAUCAAUUCAUACCAUCUGGCAGUGUUUGAACCGGUGUGAACUUUUAAUUUAUACAACAGUUUAGGGGUAUCAUUUAUUUUUUUCAUAUGAACUGUAUGCUAGUUUUUCUUCUUUUCUUUCUAUAGCUCUACAUGGUACCCAGUAAUGCCAUUUCCUUGAUGCAUUUUCCCUUAUUUAAGUUCCUUUCCCAUCAUUUGAUUUCACAUCUGUACUUUUUUCGUGCAGGUUAUUGCAUUACCUUUACUGCACCGGCCUUUAUUUCCUGGUUUCUACAUGCCAGUCUAUGUGAAGGUGUGAGAUUACCAUUCUUUUCAUUGCAGGGCUAUUGUUUCUUUGUUCACAAAAGUUAUGUUUCGAUAUCCUUGUCCACUUCCAUGCUAUGACAUUUUCUUUUAAAAUUUUGUAUCGUCCAUCAUGGACUUUUCCCUUGUUUGCUAAUGCUCGAUUUAGUAUGAUGUCGCAAGUUGUAAGAUUUUAUUGUGAACUAGUAUUUAAUAGACCAGGAUUGAGAUCAGCUACUGAAAUAAUUGUCAGAAGUAUUGCCUUUUGUACAUUAAAACUUUCCUUAUGCAUAAGAUCAUCACAAUUGUGGUUUCCUGAUGUUGAAUAUUGUUGAAAUUUGGUAUAGUGCAUUACUUAUUGGGUCGUUUGGAAUAUAAUGCACCUUAGGGGCCUACCAUCGAGCAUUGGGACUUCUUAUUCCUUUUUUCUGUUUAUCAUACACACAAACAUCUACACUUCCACAAUUGAAUUUGUAAAUGGCCUUGAUAGGUGAAGUGGUGAUUGCUAUAAUUGGGAUUGGCUCUAUUGUCCCCUUAGAAAGCCUGGCCCACCAAGGGCCACAGGCUUAGUACAGAUGUUAAGGCUAGAUCUUUUUUCAUUCGCUUUCUCUUUUGUAGUUAAUCAUACAAUACUUUUUGAUUCAAACUGAAACAAUAAAUAUAGAAUCUUAACUUCGAUUAAUGAAUAACAAAACUGAUUUAGCUAAUCUAUAUAGUUUUAUAUAAACUCACAGUAAUCAAUUUUUUAAUUCAAAUGUGGAUAAUGUACCAUGUAUCGUAUCUAUUCAAAUAUCUUAUUUUGUCAAUUUAUAUUCUCUGAUGCAUAUUUUGUAUUUUUUUUUCAAGUAAGAUUAAUGUGCUAUUCUUUAAGAAAAACUACAGCACCUUCUGUAGUAUGGUGUGUGCUCUUUCAUUAAGUUCUAGACAAACGUUUUGGAUUUUACCAAUUUUUUGGAUAUUGGACUUUUUCUGUCAUGGAUGUACCUUCGACUGGCACAUCUUGCUGACAAGAUCUUCAUGCUUUGGAGACUUGUUUUUCAGGAUACAAAGUUGUUACAAGCUCUCGAGGAAAACCGUAAAAGAUCAAUCCCAUAUGCAGGUGCCUUUCUUCUUAAGGUUGAACCUGGAUCGGAUGUUUCAGAAUCGGAAAGGAACAUCAAUGAUCUCAAAGGAAAAGAACUAUUGGAGCGUCUUCAUGAUGUUGGUACCUUGGCACAGGCAUGAAUCUUAACUUCUCCCUUUACAUUGUUUAACGUGAAAAAUAUAGCUUUUCCUUGAAGAAAUAUAGAAAGGAGUCAAAUAUUGCUUUUUAUUUACUAUUUUUAACUUUUUUGCUCAGAUAACCAGUAUCCAAGGGGAACAAGUUGUGCUGAUUGGGCACAGGAGGUUACGAAUAACUGACAUUGUGAGUUACUCUAUUUAAUUUAAUAUCUAUGUAAUUUUACUAUGUAAUCCAUUGUUUCUCACUUUGUUUCACUUACAAUGUGCAGGUUGAGGAGGACCCACUUACUGUGAAAAUUGAUCAUCUGAAGGCAUGCAUUUUUCGUUUCUACCUUCCAUUCUUUUGCUUCUUGUACCCUUAGUAUAUUUGAUCUGAGAACAUCCUAAUAUUUAUCAAUUUAACUACUCUCUCUUUCUUCCAUUAGUACAGUCAAAUGUGUCUGUGUUGUUAUUAUCUGUUGCAAAAGAAAAGUAAUGUCGCAUAUGGUCUGGAUUUAUGCUUCCUUCCAAAAGUUUGUUUGCCUCAUGAUUUUGUGUACACAAUGUGUUUGUACUGAGUGCUGACUCUGCUGGGAUUAUCAACUUUGGCUUGUGGCCUUCCUAGGAUGCUGCUGCUUCAUUUUUCUGGGUACUGGAUUAACUUCUGAAUCCAACAAGUUAUAUUUAACCCACAAAAUCUUCUUAAAAACAUCCAUUGGUCCUCUUGGAUAUCUGCCAUUGGGCAUCCAUCCUUUCAACAGCCCAUGGUUCAUCUGUUUUCCCUACCUAAUAAUGUAUAGACAAAUCAUGGUAACUUGUCUGCCCUCUCUGAGCUGCCCCGAAUUUUCUAUCCAAUCAUCCAUCAAUCUGGUUACUCUUGGUUGACUAAGUGUUGAAGGUUCACUCAGAAUAUCUGUAUUUUUCUCUGUCAAUGAGCUUUUUUAAUGGGGUUAAUGAUUUUCUUGUCGUACUCAUCAAUCUAAAGACUGGAAAGUGGGUAUCCCCAUGUUGCUUCAGGUUUCCUGCAACCAGUUCCGCCAUUCUGCUUAUGGUCUCGUUUCACCUUGUCCGGAUUUCCUACUCUGGAAAAAUAUUUUUCAAUCCCCUGUUAUGAGCUUGUGAUUGCUGGUAUAGAAUUGGUCUACUAGCUUCGCUUCUUUAUUAAGUACAAGGUACUACCCUAAACAAGUGUUUUUCCGGUUAUGGGAGCCAAUUUUAUUAUUUGUUGUGGCGGAUGCAAUUGCAUGGGCAUUCUGAUUUGAUGGGAUGCUUGGUUUUAAGCACAUGAGAAGUGGUUGGCGUUAGAAUUAGCUUUGGAUGCGAUGGAUUGAAGUAAUACCGAAAGAAGAGAUCCUUAUUAUCUUGCAUUGAGGGUUUUGUUUUGACUAGAAAUGAAAAUUUUGACUCCAUGCAGACAUAACUGUGAAUCCUAGAGUGCAGAACCACUGGACUACUCAUAUCUGUUCUACACCUCCAAAUGGAUUUUUGAGUUAUGGCCUGACCCUAUCUAAUUGACAUUGCCUCUCUCUACAAUGAAUAAGGGUCUUCUGUUGGGAUUUUGAUGAAAGUUGUCAAUGAAGGCAGAAAACAGAUGUCGUGGAUGCAAAUCAUGCAGCCCUUCAAAGAAUUCUAUCGAAGAGAGAAUCAGGUACUUGUUGCAGAGGAUUCAAUUGAUAUAGUGCUAGUAAAUUGGAAUUCGUGCUGGGUGAGUUCUUUGGAGGGCUUUGCCAGCCUAGAGUGACCAGAAAUCCUCUUGAUGGAUAAUGGAAGCAUGUCAAUGGGCUUUGGGAGAUGCUUUGCCCUUCUUUGUGAAGGGGUCGCCAGAAGUGUGCUCACGAAAAUGCUUGCGAGAUAUUGUUCUUGCUCAUUAAUACCAAGUCCCAAAAACUUGAAUGUGGUGGAGCAUUAUGUGUCGUGUCACAUCCUUUUGCCAAAUUUUGUACUGGAAUAGCUGGUUUUAAGAAAAAAAACAUGCUAGUGGGGCAGCUGGUCGGUGCUUUAUGAGUUUCUUCAAAAAAUCUCAUUGAACAAUAGAUGCCCUCAUUUUCGUAAUCCAGAGAGUAGGUUUUUUCUGAGGAUUGAGGAUUCAUCCUACUAUUUUUGAUCGAUUGUUCUUGUAUAUCAGUAUUCCUUUUUAUCAUUUUCUUUUGUCUAUGGUUAUUCUUCUUUUUCGGUAUUUGAAAUAGUUUGAAGUCUGUGCUAUGUAUACCUUAGGCGAGUGUUCUUUCUUUUGUUUGCCCACCCAGAAAGAAGGGAUCCUGCUCCUAAACCUAAAAGCGUUUUUUUCCUGGAGUGGAUGAGUAACCUUAUCUUGGUGAGCAGAACGAUAAUAUAUAGGCAUAAUUGCAACCAAGACAAUUUUUCCUUGAAUAGUCCCUGUAGUUAAUAUUUUGAAGUCUGUGCUAUGUAUAUAUACUAGAAGGAAAAUGACUGUGUACGAUAUAAAGAUGCCUAUCAACUUCCUUUCUGAUCAAAAUAGAAAAUAAGCUGCUGCUUAAUGUAUCUUGCGACAUUUCUUUCUUCUUUGCAGGAAUUACCAUACGACAAGGAUGAUGAUGUGUUAAAAGCUACUUCAUUUGAAGUAAUUUCCACUUUGAGGGAUAUCCUGAAAUCAAGCUCCCUUUGGAGGGAUCAUGUUCAGACAUAUACUCAGGUUUCCUUGUUACAGAAUUUACUAGAUUUUUCUUUGAGCAUUACAAAGUAGAAAAGGCAUGAAAAACUUUAUCUCUUGGAUCUGUUGAAGUUCUUCGCCUUAUUUGUUUUUUUUUGUUUAGCUGAGUCAAUUUAAAUUGGUCAUUACCAGCCAUACUCUGAGUUGUGUGGUGGAUUACAUGGGGCAUUAGGUUAUUGGGAGAUGGUGUGUGGUAUUACCUCAUAGAAAUGAAGUUUUAAUUUUGGGAUUUGCUAGGCAAUUAGGACUUUAGAGAAUGGAAUUAUCUGUGCAACAUGUUGCUAACUGCAAUUUCAGGGGACAAAUAUUAUCGAGGAACCCCAAUGUUAGAAGGAAUUGAGUUAUAUUAUCUUUGAUAUCUGACUGUAUCUUCUUUGCGUGUUGAUUCGUUGCUGAUGUUCUGGUAAAUCACACGUAUGCUAUGUCUCAUCUCCAUAUUUUCCUAUCUUUAUCGUUGCUUUAAAAGCUUCACAUCCUGGUUGUCUGUUUGUCAGCAUAAAUUGAAAAAGAGUUUUGAGUUGUGAACUACGUUGGCCUUUGUUUAUGUGAAGCCACUGUUUGAUUAAAUUAUUUAGUAGUUAUAUACAAUUGAUAUCACAUUAGUGUAUACAUACAAUAAUUUAUAUCAUUCAUAAAUAUAUCAAUAUUUUUUGAAUUUUAAUAUUUGGUGUUUAUGAUAAUGUAUUUUAUCUUGUUUGCAAAAUAUCUAUAUUUGUUAGGCUAUUUAAAAUUAUUCCCCAUUAUUUUAAGCAACAAUUGCCUAGUGCCUCGGCUAGCACCUUGCUUUGUCACCAAGAUAAUAAGGUUGAUCAGUGUCUUGGUUGCUUCAAAAAUCUUAGGCGCAUGAGCCUAAGAUUUUAGUCUGUGACUUGAACUCCGGGCUACUUCUUGGACUCACUGUACAACUUUGAGAUACUGAAAGCAAGGUGAUACCAGUUUGAUGCUCGUGUUUUUUCGGAGGCUUGAAAGUCUCCAAAAUAUCCUUGUUUCUCUUCUUCGAUAAAAACACUUUUUAGCCCAAAUGUCAAAAAGUUAUGAACAUAUAUUGGUCCAUUUUACUUUUUUCCACUAACGUACGGUUUGCUAACACAGCUAAUAAGGUGUUGCGCUCUGUCUCUGAGUAAGAUUGAUUCGGCACUAUCCAAUCUCAGUCUAGUUCAUUGGAAAGAGAUAUCUCCCAAAAUAGGAUGACAUCAGAACCAGACUUAGAGCCAGUCUUUGAUCGUUUUGGUUCAGAAUUCCCUCUAAAACCUCGAUAAUAUUAUACUCCGUGCAUUUUUUAUGAGUUUUGACAUCUUUAUUCUUGCAUAAGAGGAUGCUUGUGUGUUGUUUUUAACUAUAGAAAAAAUCAAUAAUGUCUCUUUUCCUGUUUUAUUUUUUUGGUAUCUGCAGCAUAUUGGUGAUUUUAAUUAUCCAAGGUUAGCUGAUUUCGGAGCUGCUAUAUCAGGGGCGAACAAGUUUCUUUGCCAGGAAGUGCUUGAGGAACUUGAUGUGAGAAAAAAAUCCAAUUAUAUAGAAACUUUUGCUCUGCACAUCGAGACUUGACUAUUGAAUCUGAUGGCCAGAAUUUAUCUAGUCUUUUUAUCCUAUUUAUUCUUAUCAUACAUAGGUUUGAAGUGGAACUAUUCAAGUAUUGGUACAUCCCUUCUAGGUCUGAGCUGUCUUUCUUUGCUCACAGUUCGUGGUUUUUACUGUUAAUUUUUUAUCCAUGGAAAUAAUUAUUGGAACAUUGCGGCUGAUAUUCAUGUUUGGACCAGGGAUUGAUAUUUAAACUUUUUAAAUAAAUGUACGACAGUUUUUUUGGCCUUUAGUUAAACAGUCUUGAGCAGGAUUUACAUGGGUCAACAUUAAAGGACCAAGAAUAUUGAUACGACCUCGGAUUGCAGUGAAGGAACUGAGCAGAAAAUAGAUUGAAUCGUAACAAGGAACAAAAAUUCAGAGAAGGAUAAAUCAGGGUUCCACAGGCACCCUAGGCUGUCCGAAAGCUUUCAAGAAGCUCCGUCUCUGCCCUUAGCACCCAAAAGACUUCAUCCCCCUUUUCCGCCAUCGAGAACCCUAUUUCUCCCAGUGCCCCCCCUCCCCCCUUGACAUUUGGUAAAAAACCCUUACACUGAUGACUUCGACUCUUUUCCCCUCCUACCCUAUAUAAAUUUUGUUGGAGUCAUAUCGUAUUUUGUUUUGUCGGCUUGGUUCAUAAUGGCCCAGAUCAGCUAUUCCUGCUACAUUUCUCUUAAUGGACCUGGGCUUCAGUUGGGUUACUACACGACUGGCCAAUUAACUGCCCAAGUGCCAAAUUAGAAUCUACACUUUGUUUAUUGGGAAUGAAUGUCAAGUGGGCAUGUCAAACUUUGGUCCACAGAUCAAGCGGUAGACAUUUUUUUUUGGGUUAGGGGAAGGGUUGAAGUUAAAUAAGGUUGGCAGCUGACCAUUAUUACACGUAAACCUGUUAGGGACUUGGUAUCCAAGGAUAUGACUGUUCAUGAUUCUUUUGUCAGGUUUAUAAGCGUUUGAAACUAACUUUGGAGCUGGUGAAGAAGGAGAUGGAAAUAAGUAAGCUACAGGUACACCUUAACUCAGAUUUUUUUUAGUGAAUCAACUCAAUACUUUGUGUACACUCUUUUUAUUUUUCAUUAAUUAUGAUCUAGGAAUCAAUUGCAAAAGCGAUUGAGGAGAAAAUAAGCAAGGAACAACGCCGUUUUUUGUUGAAUGAGCAGCUUAAAGCAAUAAAGAAGGUUCCCUUCCCAUCACCUAUACUUAGACCUUGCAUUCAUUAUAUGAUAAAUAAAAAAUUAUAACUAAGCUGCACUCAGAUUUGAUUACGAACUUUUUUUGGUUAUAUGUUUUCUUCUUUGACUUACAUGUGAAAUCAAGUAAAUUUAAUACCUUUCUUGAUUUAGGAGUUAGGUGUGGAGACAGAUGACAAGACUGCUCUCUCUGGUUAGUAAGACAUUCUGUUGUAACCAUUCUUUCUUGAUUUUGAAGAAUAUAGAAAGACAUUUUAAUAAUGUGUACUUUGUUAUUGUAGAAAAGUUUCGGCAAAGACUUGAGCUGAAUAAGGAGCGAUGCCCUCCUCAUGUGUUACAAGUUAUUGAAGAAGAGCUUGCCAAAUUGCAGCUAUUGGAAGCUAGUUCGAGUGAGUUCAAUGUGACGCGCAAUUAUCUUGACUGGCUUACUGCGUUACCUUGGGGAAACUACAGGUUGAUGCUGAUUCUUUCAUUGAUCUUCAAGCCGUCAUUUUAAUUUCUCUAUUCUCUCAAAUUCAAGUUGUGGGAUGUUUAACUGCAUUUUACAAAGGAUUAGGUAAUUCUGUUUACUCUGUAGUAGAUGGCUUUCAUACUUAUUCCUACUUUUCUUGUUUGACUGCCUUGUGUUACUUCUUUUUAUUGGGGGAUGAUACGUAACAUGACAUAACGAAAGUAAAGUAAUGAAAGCCCAUCUCAAAGACUCCAACAUCUCUAAGGUGGGACGUGAAAUAGCCAUCAAACCGUUAUGAGGGCUGUAACAAAGAAAAACCUGUUUCUGUCAAAAAUGUUGUUUAGUGCAUGUAGGGCACCUUGUUUUACUGAUAACAUUACUUGUAGAAAUGUUUCCCACAUGCUUUUCUUCCCUUUAUUCUUGUUCUGUAGUGACUUCUCAGAAUUUUUGUUCUGCAGACAGAUGAGUCCGAAGAUUUCUCGAUGUAAACUAUAACAGAACAAAUGUGGAAAUUUCCUGGGCUAGUCAUCUUAUCUAUGCGAAAUAUGGGGGUCAGUGCUCAUUCCUCUGUGGGAAGUCUGAAGAUGCUCCUGAGCAUUGCAAGGAAUUCAUAACAGCCAUUUAAACCUAGAAUUAUGAUUCCUGUUGACUCAUUUCAGAUUUGUAUGGCUAGUAUAUUAGCCUUUAAUGGACUUUUAGGUGUUUUCUACAGAACUAAAUGAUUUGGAGUUUUUAGGUUAUGAAAUACAACUAUAACUAAAUUAAUGGACAUAUAGCUGGUAAGCUCGUUUAUUUUGGAAUUCUAAUUGGGGAUUUGGGGAAUAAUGAGACGAUGAAAAUUAAAAUGUCAGAUUUGCAGCUGGGCCUGGGGUUAUUGAUUCUGGAUCAACAAACCAUCUUAAACAUUAGAACAUUGGUGAAUCAAAGCUCUAUAGUACAAGCACCCAUGCCACUCGGAAUUGGAGUAGACACCAACUGAUUUUAUUCCCACGUCACCUUUACCCCUAUAAAUCAGCCAGUUAAAUCAGACCUUGCUCCCCCGCCACCUAAACUCUUUUGGUGGCCGUGCUGUCCAUUGUGCUUCUCUUUGUUACUCUACUUUAUCAAAUAUGGUAUUUAUAAGAAAUAUUUCUCAUUUAGUACUGGUCGUCACUUCCUCCGUUUAAGUUAUUUAAACCAUUUUUUCUUCUCCGUUUGGUACUUUAAUUGAUGUUCAUUUGGAUGUUCUUUUAAAUUGCCUGCUCGUACUCCGGUUGGUUUCUGGUAUGACCCCACGCAGAACAGAGGCAGGAGGCCAGAGAAGAUCUAGGUUGAGAGUUAGAGAACAAGAGGGUUCUGCAGGAAACCUAGGUCGCCCCGGAGGCUUUCAAGAGGCUUCUCGCUCUCCCAGUGACUAUCUUACGAUUCUGUUCAAAAGUAUCCCCCUUCCCUGUGGCCUGGGCCCUAAUAUUCGACUUUAAGUGCAUCAAAUUACAACCUUGCCCCUCCCCAUUUACACAUGAUGCCUUCCUUGAGGAAGUCUUCUUCCUGCUUCUAAAAUAGGUGACUACCGGGGUCGUAUCAGUUUCUUAUGUUACCUUUGAAUCUUUGUUCUGGUGAGAAACCAUUUGUUGCACUGAUAUUCCAACGAGUUGGUGUGCUUUGUCUCUGUUGUCUUUGGCUCCUUGUUUUCUAUUUGUAAAUCGUAAUUGCCUAUUCAUUUUAUGUAUAUAUUUCUUCUGAGAAAGAGAUUCCUCUGCUCAUGAGGUUGAAUAUAAUGCUUGAUCCAUCUUCUGUUACUUUUCCGUGUUUCUUCAGAUUUUGUUGUUUAGUAGUCUUCUUUUCAUUUUUCUUCAAUUAUAAAUGAAUGCAGUGAUGAAAAUUUUGAUGUCCAUCGUGCUCAAAAGAUCCUAGAUGAAGAUCACUAUGGCUUGUCCGAUGUGAAGGAGCGUAUACUGGAGUUUAUAGCGGUUGGAAAAUUAAGAGGAACUUCUCAAGGUCAAAAUCUUUCCAUUUGUUUCAGUUUCGUUUCACAGUUUACCUAUGGAUGUCAAUAAUUAUGUGUGUAACGUGAUUAAGUGCCAUUUUUUUACUAAUGUGUUAUGUCACGCAUCAGGAUCAUGAAUUAAUGCGCUAGUACUGCAGUGCCAUAUGAUGCUUCUGUUUGACCGUUUUGUUUGCUUUUAUGGACUUCUGGUGCAUUUAAUUGUAGGGGAGUUUUGAUGUCGUAUCAAACAUCUAGUAUGAUGAGUAUAUUGUGCUGAUGAGACAAUGAGCCAAGUGUUUUUGUAGUAUAGAAUGUUAAUGGUGAAAAAGUUGAUUUUCAAUAGCACUGAAGUUUGAGAAGUUGGGUUUGGAGAAGCAACAGGAAGUAUACAAAGGAAAUCCCUUUCAAUGGCAGGUUAGGCAAUUGGUCCUACUUUGUGACAGAAAGCGGAUAAUGAAGAGUCUCAGCGAUAUAGAGGGAAGGUAAUCUAGUUCACACUAGUCCACGAAAAGGUUAUUUUAUAUUCAUUGAAACAUACUGGUGCCCAAUGAAUAUUGCCAUGUCGAACUGUGCAACUAAGAGUAGUUUCUUUUAGCGCUGUGAAAUAUUAUGAUGGUUUAAAAGCAAAUACCUAGCUAAACUUGGGUUUGAUACCUUUUGGGACACUGCUUUGUUAAUAGAAAAAUGUGUUUGAUUUUUUGACAUUAAUUUUGUCAGUCCCCACCAUUUUCAUCUUUCUUUCGAUUACUUGUCAGGAUAUCCUUCUUCCCUGUUAUAGAUUCAAGCAAAGAAAAUAAAAUAAUGGAUGAAAUACUCCAGUGUAGAUGUAAUUGUUUUUAAAUGUUAGCUUCAUUCUUUCAGAAAGACGCAAUUACAACAUUUGUAUUCUGGCCGUGACUGCUUAAUUUUGAGCUGACGUGUUUUCAUUGUACUGUGAUGCUAUUUUCUAUUCAUUGAAGUUUCUCGGCUAUAUGAUAAUUACAGGGAAAAUUAUUUGUCUUUCUGGUCCCCCUGGAGUUGGUAAGACUAGUAUUGGUCGUUCAAUUGCACGUGCUUUGACCCGGAAAUUCUACAGGUUUUCUGUUGGAGGCUUGGCAGAUGUAGCUGAAAUCAAGGUAGUGUUCAAUUUUUAAGAAACUUCCUAAAUAUCAGUGUAGAAUGCAAAAUCUCACUGAAAUGAAAAAUUGUGAAAUGAUUUCUGUAAUGAAAACUUGGUUCAAAUUUUGACAAUCUCUAGGGUCAUCGAAGGACAUAUAUUGGUGCCAUGCCUGGAAAGAUUGUGCAGUGUCUGAAGAGCGUUGGAACUGCAAAUCCUUUAGUUCUAAUUGAUGAGAUUGAUAAGGUACUUAAUUAUAUUAUCCUUGCAAGUUUCAUUGUACCUAAUUUAUCUGUUUACUUUUCUGUAGGAUAUGAAUAGUGAUUCUCGCACAUAACAUUUUGGUUGUACAUAAUGGUUCCUCAUUUUUUAUACAGUUGGGAAAGGGACAUGCUGGUGAUCCAGCAAGUGCUUUGCUGGAGCUGCUAGAUCCGGAGCAAAAUGCAAAUUUUCUCGAUCACUAUCUUGAUGUUCCAAUUGACCUAUCUAAGGUGAAUGGUGAUGCUCAAGUUUUCGUAAAAUAUUGCUGGUUUUCUUAUGUUAAAUUCUGCAAAUCUUUACUCCAGUCAACACUGCAGACAUCUGUCAACAUUUCUAGAUUGCUUUGUAUUUUGAAGUAAAUUUCACGUUUUUUGCUACAAAACUUAUCUACCCUAUGUGAAGAUGGUUUCACUUUUUUGUUCUAGAUGGUUUUACUUUGCCGAAAGAACAGGUAAAAUUUUUGCUUGAAGGUUUUUCGAUAGUCUGCAUCAGCUAGGCAUGGAUCCCCAUUAGACAUACAGUUCCACUGAAGUAGAAGUAUUGUAUUUUUUUUUCAUUUGCUUGAUAACCUGUGGUAUUUUAUAAUCGAUCUGAUUGUGAAGAGAUCCAGAACAAAUCGGUCAAGUUGGCAUGCCCUAGUUGUGAAAAGACAAUUUAAGUACAAAGUAAUGAAAAUUAUAUUUUUAUUGAUAUCGUAUCUAUAUAAAAGCUUUCAAGAAAAAGGACAAAAAAACUAAAAAGCUUCAAGCUGAAUUAUGAUGAAGUAUCAUGUUAAGAGAAUCACCUUUCCGUCCACACUAUUGCUUAUGGAUGGGAGGGAGCAGGUGGGCUCUGUCCACAGAUUGUGGAGCAGUAAAGGCACAGCUGGUCACCGGAUGGCGACCUUGAGUGACAUAAGAUAGACAUAGUAAAUGGUGUCAUUGUGAAAUUGAUUCAGCAAAUAUUUUUUUAAUAAGUCAUGAUAUUCAGAUUGUAUUGGUUGUACAUUGCUGUUGUUAACGCUCAUAUUUGCAUGAUAGAUGUACAUCAUAAGGCUGCCAAUUAAAAAUAAAGUCGGGAACCUCAUUUUAGUUUCCUUGCAUAUUUAAAUUAGACCUGAGGAUUUGAAUGUGUCCCAGUUCUUGUCAUAUCUCAUACAGCUUAUGCUAUGAACUUGCUAACAGCUCUCCUCAAAAUCUCCCAUUUGCGUCACACAUCCAUAUAAGGAGUGUUACUUUUAAAUUUAAUGUUGUUACUGACUCAGAUUUUCCAAUGAUGUAGGUAUUGUUUGUUUGCACAGCAAAUGUCAUUGAAAUGAUACCAAAUCCGUUGCUGGACAGAAUGGAGGUUAUUACACUUGCUGGCUACAUAAUUGAUGAAAAAGUGCAUAUUGCGAGGGAUUACCUGGAGAAGGCAACCCGGGAAGCUUGUGGCAUUCUACCUGAGCAAGUAUGAAUUCAUAUAUUUCAUAAGUGCUUGAUUAUUAAGUAUGCUUGAUUGGUUGUUUCCCGUUGGCUUCUGCUAUUAUUGUUAUAUUUCUUCUUAUUUAGUUAUGAUCGGUAAUGGAUAUUAAUUAAAAAAUUAUGGAAUGUAAAUAUUGAAACUUGUAAGACGUUCUCAUUACUCUUUCUUCAGCCGAAAGACACUUGUUUUUCCUGUUUGAAUUUUGUGUUGAAAGAAAGAACGUGCUUCAUAAAACUAUUCGUGCCAAGAAACUUGGCAGACACGCAUAUGAAUAUGUCAUGGAUGCAAUUAUGAGAGAGAGAGAGAGAGAGAGAGAGAGGGUGAGUGAAGAAGUCAACUGGAGAGUGCCAUAUUUAGCUCUUUUCCUCAUUGUUGAAUGGAUAUAAAUCUUGUUAAACUUGUCAUGUAAAAUUGAAAUUCGACUAGUAAAGGAUUUGUUAAAUAAGUUUGUAAUGUAAACUUCUGAUCUUGUAAAGUAGUGCAAAUCCUCUUGCACGCCAUGGUUUUACUGAUACAUGUCAACCUGGUUAUAUAAAAUCGUAGAUUAACUUUCAGUAAAAGUGCUCUCUGGAUUAUGACAGCGUGUGUUUCUCAUCCUGUCAUAGACUAACAAAAUUCAGCAAAUUUUUUUUUAACCACAUCAAUUCACAUGCUAUGUGAACCAUGGUUCUGAUAUCAGUUUCAGUUCUUGAACUUACUGUAAGAGGAUAAGAUCUUUUGUUAACACCCUCUUCGAGUGUUUCCGUCUCCCUACUUACUGCCUAUGUGUGUAGAAAAUAGCAAUGUCUACACCCAAAGGUUGCUGAUAAAGAAACAACGUAGUGUGAAUGCCAGCACGUAGCAGUGUUGUCAGUAAGAAGGGAGCUGGCACCUUUCGAAGAAGAAGGGAUUUUUCUUCAUUCCGAUACGGGCUCUACCACAUGCUCCAUAUCCAGUAGUGACUCCAUUGGCUGACGGGCCAAGCCACCCUAAAAACCGAUGCAAAGACUUUCUCCUUAGGUGCGUGUCUCAGCAACACAAAAACGAGGGUUUUGCUCAAUUAAAAUAACAAAGGAAGAGAAUGGGGGAAUAGGACUUCUGAGCUGAGCGAAACGAGCCAUUCAGACGUUUAGGGGUGUCCCCAGCGACUUGUUGCUGUUAAAAGAGAUUGUAUUGCUUUAAUGAAUGAUACACAUGUACAGAGUAAUCGACAUAUCUGUUGGGACCGUCAUUAGUUUUUCAAGGUGAUUGUGAGCCUGCCUUAGGCUCCUCCAUCACUGAUGAACAAACCUAUUAUCUUUCGACAACUAUUCUCGUGCUAGAGACAAGUUCCUGGCAUCCUGUUGACGCUGUAAAACCCAUCAGGUUGCCGAAAGCAAUAUCCAACCGGAAGAUGGAUAACCAAGGAAGAAAGGAAGGAGCCAAUACGAAAGGGGAACAAGGGAAACCUAGUCAAUCAUGUUCUGAUACCAUGGAUGAACGAGUGAAAAUUAGAAGCUAUUUUUUUUUCAACAUAUAGGGAGAGAGUGCCACUCAACACGUGAAUAAAUGGGAAAAUUAAGUCCAUAUUUUUAGCAUAUUGUUAAGCCCCUUGGUUUUUUAGCUUUUCAGCCGUUGACUUUCAGCUUGCGCAUAACAAUUUCAUUUUUUUGAAAAAAUUAAAUGUGAUUUUGCCGCUCCAGUGUACCAUCUACUGAAUUCCAUUCAAUGGUCAUUCGCAACAGAAAUGCUGAAAAAGUCAUAAUAAAGAUGAUUUCAUGAACUGAGACUUUUGAAAGAAGUUUUUUGUCAAGGGAAACAGGCUGGGCCAGCACCUGAUUAUCUGUCACAUGAAGUAAAAAAAAUGGGGCCGGUCCAGUUAGAAAUUAGGCUGCCAUUCCUGUUUACUUGUUGAAUUGGUGGUACUCAUGGCAUAUCGUACAACUCUGCAUCUAGACCUUUUGCAAAAUGGAGCCACUGUGAUGUAUUUCUGGCCAUGUUUACAUUGGGUUACUGAGAAAUCGGGUGGAAUUAAGACUAGAAUUAGUCAACUAGGGAGGGAUAGGUUGUCAGUCUUGUGGGUCAAGGAUAAUUUUCUUGAGACUGACCAGCUUCUUGAUGUUAAUGCUGUUAGCAGAGGAAGAAUCUGGAAGAGCCACAUCCACGACCAUUUGGUAGUGUGUGGAGCCCAAAGAAAGAUUAAAUCAAAGGCGUACAUGGUCUACUAAUCACUGCUUACUGGACUAAUUUGGAUCGCCACGGUCAGACAUGGUGUACGUCAAUUCAUAAUUUAUUGAAUCGCCACGGUCGCCACGAUCAGAACUCUUGUUUUGAUCAAAUAGGCUUCUAAAUUGACCAAUGAGAAGUCAAUAUCAUAGAAUAUUAUUGUGAUACUCUGUUGCUCUACAAAUCAAUCAUUGAGAAUCCAAGACUGGUCAACUCCAUAACUUGGACAGGAGAAAUUAACAAAUCAACUUGUCAUUUUACUGUCAUCAUAUCAAAUAUUUUACUCCUUUUGACAACUUGUAACUCUUACAACUCUUGAACAAAUUUUCUGGCAAUUAAGUUAUUGGAUGCCGGUUGAAAUGUCUGACGGCCUUGAAUGUUUUAAUGCUUUUUUUGUUUUGUUUUUGCAUGUUAUUUACAUUACUUAUGCAUUGUCUCUUUGAAAUAUUACAUAAUGCCUCGUUUUCAGGAUUCUUCUUCUCAAAAACUUUGUUAAACUGUCAUGUUGUGAUUUUUCACUGCAUGUUAUGUGGCCACUGUGAAUCCUCACAUAAUUUCUUAUCUGGGGCUUUUUUUUCAUACCAUGUGACUGUGUCAUGACCUAAUUAGCAUACUUGCCUCCUUCGGUGUUCUUCCCUUGCUUUUGUUGUUGGAAAUGAUAUGAUUAUUUAUCUCUGUGGGUUAUAUGAUUGAACAUCUCUUUUGAUAAAUUUCAGGUCAAAGUUACCGAUGCAGCCCUUCUCUCAUUGAUAGAAAACUAUUGCCGAGAAGCUGGUGUCCGAAAUCUUCAAAAACAUAUUGAGAAAAUAUACCGCAAGGUUUCACGUUAAUGUUGGGUGUAUAAGUUUUUUCUUUGUGGUCUUCUAGCAAUCCGUAUCCAUUUUAAUUUUCCAGAUUUAUUCUAAUCAUUAUGUCAAUACUUUCACUCGAAGCACUUCUCUGAUAGAUCCUAAAGAAAACUCCUGUUCAAAUGUUCUGCGCAUACAUCCUAAGGAAACACUGACGAUAUUUUAGUUCGUUGUGUAUAACUAUUAUGUGUAGCCAUAAAUUAUUUAACUUUUUGAUGAUAAUGAAAGUGUAUUUCUGUGAAGGGGUUCAUUUUCUUGGAAAUAUUGUAAAAUCAGCCUUUCUGUUCUGUAUUUCUGGUUAUAUAACUUUCAGUAUUGGAAUUAAUUAUUGCUAAUAGCUCUAAUAACUGUGUUUGUUUGAUUUUUUAUCAUGCUUUUUAUUGAUUAAUCCAAAAAAAUUUCAUAUUUACAUUAGCUGUGAUUUCCCUAUUUUUAUUGAUCUCAAUUGAAGCAAUGACUUGGGGUUUCUCUCACCGCAAGGUAUUGCUUAUUGGUCCUCGUGCUAUGAACUUUUCACCGUUUUGUAGUCUUUGCCAUGAUAGAUUCCUUUCUUCCGACUAAAGGGUUGCUAUUAUUUUUCUCUCCUUUAAUGAUCAUUUCUUCUAGUUGGCAUUACAUUCUUUCGAGCUUGUAUAUUUUAUUUUAGUGCAUGUAAACGUACACUUGAAGAGUUUGCAAUAUCUGUGUGCUGAUGGAGUUGAUGAACUUUGACUUUUACUAAUCGCUUAAGGAGUAAACUCUUACCGCUGAUCAAUGUCUUGUAGAUUGCUCUCAAACUUGUCCGUCAGAGUGUGUCAAGUGGAUUAUCCUCAGAUUCCACUGUUCAGGAUGGCAACGAUAAGGAUUCCCUACAGUUCAUCCAAGGAUUUAAUGAGGUUACUGGACACGAACAAACUGAAAUGGAAGUUCUGCCUUCUACCUCCGAUACACAGGCUAGUGAAGCAGAGUUAUUGGAAAUUAAGGUAAAAAAUUCUCUGAAAAAUGCUUAAGAACUUUCCAUCGUCUGAUUUCAUCUAGUAUUAGCACAUUUGCUUGUUCCACAAUAUUGAAUCUUCUAUAUGUUAUGUAUGCCAUAUGAUCAUUAUUUUCGAGAGGACAUGAGCCAGGAAAUUCGUGGUUUGUUAUUCCUCGAGUGAUUGUAUACCAUCCUGACGCAUUUUAUUCAAGUUGACCUGAAUUAACAUCCUAUGGAUGAAGCGUCCUAUUUUUGGCAUAUUAUCUAUUGCUUUCAUUUCUUCUCACAGAGGAUACCAAGAUUCCCAGGUGUGCAAUCGAGUAAGACUUGCUCAUGACAUGUUUUGCUUGCCUGGAUAGAUUAUAGCAUAGAUUAUCUUUAAAGUCAUCUGUCUCUUUGUGAUCAUUGUGUUAACAGGUUGGUGUAGCGAACCCUGAUGCCCCUAGAUUCAAUGAUCAUUUCGUUAAUAGAAUCUGGGGAUCAAGCACCCUAUUUUGGGCAUAUGACCUAAUUUUCUUACGUCCAUUGUUGCAGAUACCUAGAUUCUCCAAUCACGUUGCCUAAACAAGUUAAAAGCUAUAUAUUUUUUUUCUUAAAAUCGUCUUUAUCCUUGAUCAUUGUAUUUGUCAGGUCAAUGCAGGGAAUUCCAAUGCCCCAGGUGUUGAAGAGGUGUCUCAAAUAGUCAUCGUUGAUGAAGGAGACCUGCCUGAUUUCGUCGGGAAGCCUGUCUUCCAUGCUGAGCGUAUAUAUGAUCAGACCCCAGUCGGGGUUGUCAUGGGCUUGGCCUGGACUGCAAUGGGCGGCUCAACAUUGUACAUUGAAACGACGCUGGUGGAACAAGGAGAAGGUAAGGGCUCACUUCACCUCACCGGGCAUCUCGGUGAUGUGAUGAAGGAGAGCGCCCAGAUUGCCCACACGGUCGCCAGAGCAAUUCUGCUCGAUAGAGAACCGGACAACCAAUUCUUCGCAAACACCAGGCUACAUUUGCACGUCCCAGCAGGUGCAACGCCAAAAGAUGGGCCAAGCGCUGGGUGCACGAUGAUCACAUCGAUGUUGUCUCUUGCCCUGAAGAGGCCUGUCAAGAAAGACCUGGCAAUGACAGGCGAAGUGACUCUGACCGGGCGGAUUCUUCCCAUUGGUGGAGUAAGCUGCUUCUGCCAUCAAAUAAACUCCAUCUUUGCUGUCUGAUUUCAUCCUGGUUUCAUUUUUAUGUUUCAUAUUUGCUAUUGACUGCAAAAAUAUAGAAAGGCCUACACCAAUCAUCGCCAAUUUUUCUUUUUUAAGAUGGAUGACCCAAUAAUUCAGACAUGGUAUCAAAAGCCAUUGGUUGCUUGACAAUGCCCAAAAAUUAGCUUGCACGAGAGGGUGAGGCAGCUAAGAGUAGUCCUACAUUGCUCCUGUAUUAUAAACGUAGGCCAUAUCUUAUUUUUGAGUUAUGAUCACAAAAUACCUCAGACAAAACCUUUGCCCGUUUUGUUAGAUCUUCUUUGCUCUCCCCAUGUUCUUCAAUUUUUUAUUAUUUAUUUAUUUUUAUUUUUUUCUGUGUGGAAUCAGGUCAAGGAGAAAACCAUAGCUGCGAGGAGGAGCGGGGUGAAAACCAUCAUCCUCCCAUCGGCCAAUCGGAGGGAUUUUGACGAGCUCGUAGCCAAUGUGAAGGAAAACCUGGUGGUCCUCUUUAUGGACAACUACAGCCAGAUAUUGGAAGUAGCACUCGACGACGAUGGCGAUGAGGCUCAGGAAUAA